AUGGCACCUUCUGAAUACUUCAUUCGGCUUCAACGAGGCAUUCAAGGAGGUUUCGCACCGCCAACGCCAGACGCAAUUUACACAAUAAACAAACUGUCCACCAAUACUUACCUUCUUAUUCACGGAAAUGUCCGUCAGGGUGGCUCACCGAAUUUGGAGGAAAUAGCCCCGAAAUCCCUCGAAAGUUCGCAAACAGAUACAGAGGACCUCGUCAAUGAGCUACACGAUAUUUUGAAAACUUUGCCGACGGAGCUGCCACCGGGGUCAGAGGACAUAUAUGCCUUAAACACAAGCAUUGCUUAG